GUACGCAACCCUCGUCGACACACUCCCAAUCUUCACAACGUUGUUAACGAGAGACUUGUGGACGAUAAAUCCGACAUCUCCUUGGGACAGAUGGUCGCCCUCCCGGUGAUAGAACAAGUUGCCGGAUUCGAGGAUUACCGUGUCCUCCCCCUCUCUUCGGACCUCGGAUAAUCCUAUAAUAUUCCAGUGCAACUUGUCUAUCUCUUCUUCCAGCUCCAGGUAGGGUGCGUGCGUUAUAAGUUGCCAGGUCGAGUCGUCGUAGGAGGCAACCGAAUGUCCACCGAAGAUUCUUCAUCAUCAUCAUCAUCAUUACAGCCCUUCACAAGUCCACUGCUGAACAUAGGCCUCCCCCAAAGAAUGCCACAAAGCACGGUCCUGAGCCACCCGCAUCCAUCGACUUCCUGCAUAUCUUACCAGGUCGUCACUCCAUCUAGUGGGGGGACGCCCUACACUUCGCCAGCCGGUACGAGGCUGCCACUCGAGAACCUUUCUUCCCCAUCGGUUGUCGGUUCUUCGAGCUAUAUGGCCGGCCCAUUGCCACUUCAGCUUACUAAUCCGUUGGGCUAUGUCGGUUACUCUGGUUCUACUGCGGAUAUCCCCAUUUCUGAGUUUAUCACGCAGAGAAACUCCGAGCAUAGCCCACUCCAUAGCUCGCUGAGCGACCUUGAGCUUCCUCAUCCAGCCAGCAGUGAAGGACCACGUCUCAGUUCCGUAUGUCAUCACUGGCAAAACGCACUGGGUGUACAGUCUCGUUUUCAAGAGAUUCGGAGAUUCUUAGCACCCCCUAAAUCUUAGUAUGUUAACAUAACAUACGAUAACAUGGGCGUAACAGCAGGGUUAGCCAAGUUUACAUUCUACAAUCGUUAAUGUUAUUAGAAAACUUUAAAAGUGAAUGAAAUCAAUAAUGAUAAGUCACGUGACUUAACAUUGAGAUUUGUCUUUCCCAUUCAUUUUUAUAGAUUUCUGCUAGCCUUGUCAAUUGUAGAAAGCAACUUGUCUAACCAAGCAUGCAUACUUAUGGAGGCAGCCAACCCCUUUGGACCAAUUCCGACACUCAUACAUUUUUGAUUAUAUCCUCAUAUCUAAAUACUGUUGUAUUUGUGAAACUGUAGAUGAAAUAAAAUAGAAAAGCACAGCUAUCAACUGUCUAGUACAUUAUUUGAUUUUAAAUUAAAAUAAAAUAGAAUAGAAGAUAUGCUCUGGAAAAUUUUACGUCUAUUAUAAUGUUUUAAAUAUUGCAUGUUUACAGGUUUUCGAUUAUCCUCCAGAAGGCGUUAGAAAGUGCAUAGUUUCGACCAAUAUAGCAGAAACUUCUGUCACUAUCGACGGAAUAAGAUUUGUAGUGGAUUCUGGCAAGGUCAAAGAAAUGAGUUACGAUUCGUCUACAAAAAUGCAAAGGCUAAAAGAGUUUUGGAUAUCCAAAGCGAGUGCAGAUCAAAGAAAGGGUCGAGCUGGUAGAACAGGUGAUUACAAAGCCUUGUCAUGAGCGGGUGUUUCUUUUGCUUCGAAACUCUAUCAUAAAAUUUACUAGGGGGUAGGACGGUAGAAGCCCGCUGGGUAGUUACCAUCCCCUUACCUAUUCUGCUACCAAGCAAGACGUGCGCGCACUGAUGUGUUUCAGUCUGCAAGAUAUAGGGAGCCACUAUGAUUACAGGCUGAGAAGCAUUCCAUCUUAGUCCCCAAUGGUGACAAUGCAUCUGUCCAUUGGUUGCAGUAGUCUCUUGCCACUAAAUGGACUGAUCGUGUGCUUGACACUUAAAUUUUAUAUUAAAAAAAAAACUACGAACAGAAUGGCCACUAACCUCAUUUUCAAUGGACAGUUCAUUUGUUCUAACUGGAGGGAUGGAUGUGCGUCUUGUAUUUUUUUUAAUUUAAUUAUCUAUGGUAACAAAAAUAUGUCCGACAACUUCUCGGUAAAUAUGAGGCACCGACAGCUCUGUGACCGUGAUAACAUUGCUAUAGCAUCAUGCUGAAUCGGAUGCCUUUUCGUUGCUACAACCCGAUGUAUUUGUGUAUAUUUUCUUUGUUUUCUUUUUAGUUUUCAUUUCUUUGUAUUAUACGUUAUGUUGUGUAUGACGAAUAAAUCAUUCAUUCUUUAAAAAUUCUCUCACACAUACAACGGCACCGUUCACGUAUACAAACCUAUGCAUGUGGGCGUUGUAGGUAUUACUACGCGUUUGUUUCAAACAUUUUAUCUAGCUUUAUGUAUGUUUAUGUCUGGCGUAAUUAGAUUUUAAUCCUUAGGUAGCUUUUUGAAUUUCACCUUUGUAAAUCGUCCCGUUCGAGGUGUGCACUUUUGGAUUUUCCAAUUUUUUUACGUCUGGCUUAAGCAAGGUAUAUUUGAAAUGAAAUUAAAUAUUUAUUUGCAUUUGGUUAAGGUACAUUGAAAUUGUCACAUGUUGUCAUUUUCCAUCCUCGCUCAUGGUAUGGUUGGGAGUUUCUUAUUGGGGCUUAACAGAAGUACAUUUUUGUGAGAAAGGUGUAAAAACGAAUGCAGUUGUGUAUCAAAAUACAGUCCUGACGAACCUUGUGGAACCUGUUUCUCAUACCAUGUUCAAUAACAGGCACUGGGUAUUCCAACAAGAUUCGGCGCGAGCUCAUAGAGCGAAGAGCACACAAGACUGACACACAGAUCCGGCACGUAGACUGGCCCUCCUCCAGUCCAGAUUUGAAUCCGUUAGAUUACAAGAUAUGGCAACACUUGGAGGAAAAGGCGUGCUCAAAGCCUCAUCCCAAUUUGGAGUCACUUAAGACAUACUUGAUUAAGGCAGCCGCCGAUAUUGACAUGGACCUCGUUCGUGCUGCGAUAGACGACUGGCCGCGCAGAUUGAAGGCCUGUAUUCAAAAUCACGGAGGUCGUUUUGAAUAAACUUUAGUGUCAUAAGAAUCUAUGUUUUGUUAAGUUCAUUUUGGUAUAUAAAUGGUUACAUAAUGAAUAAACUUGUUUCAAUUAUUUUACAUAGGCUGCACUAAAAGUAUCGGGAAUGGAAUAUUUCCACUGUUCCUGUCAUAUUAAAAUCUUUUUAAUUGAAAACUCCUUCGUUUUAAAAAUCGAAUACCAUUUAUUUAUUUAAAAAAAGAUUCUCGGUCUUGUCACAAGGUUUUGUCAAACUUGUUUAGUCGUUGAGAAAAUGAAAUUGACUCGAGAAAAUUCAAGAUCGAUGGUUUAUUAUGACUUUCGAAGUGGUUUAACACAUGAACAGUGUGUUGACCGGAUGAUUUCUGCAUUUGGUGAUGAAGCCCCAUCCAAAACAACAAUUUAUCGCUGGUUUGCUGAAUUUCAACGUGGACGUGUCAAGCUCAGUAAUGAUCCCCGUCAAGGUCGUCCAAAAACUGCAGUCACCCAAGAAAACGUUGAUGCUGUGCGUAAGCUGAUUGAGGAAGAUCGACAUGUGACAUACCGCGAAAUUCAGGCAACUUAGGACAUUGGCAUGAGUCAAAUACAAAUAAUCUUACAUGAACAAUUAGGUGUAAAAAAGUUGUUUUCCCGAUGGAUACCGCAUUCGCUCUGUGAAGAGCAAAAAGCGGCUCGCGUUACUUGUUGCGUCAGAACUCUCGAAAGAUUCCACGCAGGAUCCUCAAAUGCUGUAUACAACAUCGUAUCAGGUGACGAAUCCUGGAUAUAUGCGUACGAACCCGAAACAAAAAAACCAGUUACGAGUUUGGGUUUUCGAAAAUGAGUUAAGCCUACAAAAAUUGUUCGUUCACGGAGUGUUGCAAAAAAAAUGGUGGCCACGUUUGUCUUCAAAACCGGCAAUGUUACGACUAUUCGUUAUAUAAAGAACGGUUAAUGCAGAAUGGUAUGCUAGCAUUUGUUUGUCACAGGUCGUUUCUGAACUCCGUAAAGAGAACUGCAACCGCCGCAUCAUCCUCCAUCACGACAAUGCGAGUUCUCACACCGCACACAGAACAAAAGAAUUUUUAGAGCAAGAAAACAUAGAAUUAUUAGACCAUCCGCUGUACAGCCCCGACCUAAGCCCUAACGAUUUCUAUACUUUCCCU